AUGUCGGAAGCAGCAAAUCCCUACAAACAAGCGGCCAAAGCCAUCAAAGCAAAAGGUCUUUUGAAACUCAAGUUUUAUUGCCAAAUGUGCCAAAAGCAAUGUCGGGAUGCGGCUGGAUUUAAGGCUCAUACCUUGAGUGAGAGUCAUCAUCGGCAAAUGCAAGUGUUCCGAGCCAAUCCAUCCCGAUUUAUUAAUCAAUUCAGUGAGGAAUUUAAAAAAGGAUUUUUAGAUAUUUUGAGGACUAGGCAUGCCAAGAAAAAGGUACAAGCAUUGAAAGUGUAUAAUGAAUAUAUUAAUGAUCGACAUCAUGUACAUAUGAAUUCAACACGUUGGACCACACUCAGUUCGUUUGUAAAAUAUUUGGGAAAAAUCGGAGUUUGUUAUGUGGAGUAUGAUGAAGAAAAGGACACGUGGUUGAUUCAAUAUUUGGGAGAAACAAAUACCUAUAAUCCGAGUGGUGCCUCAUCAUCGAAUACUGAAAAUGAUGAAGUGUUGGAUGAGAAGAGAAAAUUUGAGUUGUACGAAAGACAAUUUCAAGCGUUGAAAGAACUCGAAGAGCAAGCCGAUCAAAUCAUCAAAGAAGGAGAUGACACUGAACAACAUGUUACAUCAUCUUCGGAAACAAAACAGCAUAAAAAACCUUCAUUUUCAGGUUUUGCACUAACAAGUAAGAAAAGCUCGUCACAAACGACCUCAGACAACUCUGUAAAAGAGGAUGACACCAAUUGCAAUGCAGCCAAACGGAAUAGUAGUGCAAUACAAGAGCAAGUUCCAAUAGAUCGUGACGAAUCAGAGUAUCAAAAUGAAUCGGAAAUCACCGCAUCAGACAAUAAUAUUCAAUCAUCGAUGGAACCAGCUAAAAAGAAGAAAAAGACUAGAACAGAUGACAAUGAAGACGAUACUGGACUUUCAAGUGGCUGGCUUAAAACAGGAAUUGUUGUGAAAAUUAUUGAUGAAGCUUCCGAAUUUUAUAACAAGAAAGGACUUGUAAUUAAAACUCUCAAGAAAAAGAGACAAGCUCAAGUAGAAUUACUAGAUAAUCCUGGACAAAUUAUUGAAGUUUAUCAAGAUAAUUUGCAAACAGUCAUUCCCAAAAUUGGAGGAAAAGUCACCGUUCUUAAACAUGAAACCAUGAGAGGAAAAACUGCCACUCUAUUGGCUGUAGAUUUUGAUAAGGGAUGUGCCACUGUACAAUUAGAUGGUGUUUUGGGAGAAAAUCAACUCGUACUCAAUUAUGACGAAUUUUCGAAAUUAUUUUAA